AUGACCACCGUGCACCCUUCCCGCAACCCUGCUUCUCGAACGCCGCCGUCGCGCACACCUACCAGACCGUCCCCCACCUCGUCUUCUAGCUCGCUAGCACCGCCUAGACGCCGCCUACCUCGCGCCUACCUCGCUAGCCCCUCCCCUCGCCGGAGCAGCCGCUACGCUGUCGACCUCGCCGUUCACCCCACGACCAACUCGAAUCCUAUAAAUAGGAGCCACCCCGCGCCUCCAUCACCAAAGCAAACCUGCUCCCCUCUCUCUUCUGAUCCUCCUCGACCACCUCUCUCAUUUGAUUACUCACCGGAGCCGCCCAAUCGAUCGCCGGAGCCCGCGGUGGAGCUGAGAUCGCCGUCGACGAAUUGGAGCACCAUCGGCGACGCCACCGGUUACAAUCGACUCGCCGUCGACGACAACGUCGACUAG